GAUUUGCUUCACCCGCAACAUUAUCAGCUGUUGCAGCGACCUUUGUCGUGGCCGGCAAGCACCUGAAGAGGUAUAUAAGGCAGACAGGGUCACUGCUGGGGCACAUCACACAAUGAAGGUGUUAGUCUUGUGUGCUCUGGUGGCCCUAGCUGCCGCUGAUGUCCCUCUAGCCAAGAGACAACAGGAUGUGAACCAUCUCCUGUGGAAGAUCUAUGAUCACCUCCAUUUUGAUGACCUGAAAGGAUAUGCAUCAUCCUUCAACCCUGAAGGAGACACCUCCAUGUACAAGGAUGGAGGUGAAGCCGUUCAUCACUUAGCCAAAGAAUACAAGGACCACAGACUCUUGGAACAACACCACUGGUUCUCCCUUUUCAAUGAACGCCACAGGGAAGAAGCUCUGAUGCUUUUCGAUGUAUUCAUGCAGUGCAAGGACUGGGACUGUGCUGUUAAAAAUGCUGCAUACUGGCGUGAGCACAUGAAUGAAGGAGAGUUUGUGUAUGCCCUUUACACUGCUGUCAUUCACUCUGAUCUUGGACACGGCAUCGUUCUCCCCCCACUCUAUGAAGUUACCCCUCACCUGUUCACAAACAGUGAAGUUAUCCAGAAGGCUUACACAGCUAAAAUGACCAACACCCCAGGUAAAUUCGAGAUGGAAUUCACUGGAACCAAAAAGAACAAGGAACAACGUGUGGCCUACUUCGGAGAGGACAUUGGUAUGAAUGUACAUCACGUUACAUGGCACAUGGAUUUCCCCUUCUGGUGGGAAGACAAGUACGGACAUCACUUGGACCGCAAGGGAGAACUCUUCUUCUGGGUACAUCAUCAGCUGACUGUGCGCUUUGAUUCUGAGCGUCUCUCCAACUAUUUGGACAUGGUAGAUGAACUUCAAUGGGAGAAACCAGUUGAGGAAGGAUUUGCCCCUCACACUAUCUACAAAUAUGGUGGCGAAUUCCCAGCCCGUCCUGACCACAUCCACUUUGAGGACGUUGAUGGCGUAGCUCGAGUUCGUGAUAUGAUUAUCAUGGAAAGUCGUAUCCAUGAUGCUAUAUCUCAUGGAUACAUCACUGACAAGGAUGGAAAAGUCAUCGACAUCAUGAAUGACGAGGGAAUUGACAAACUUGGUGACAUUAUUGAAUCCUCUAUGUACAGUCCUAAUGCUCAGUAUUAUGGUGCACUCCAUAAUACUGCUCACGUCAUGCUUGGUCGUCAAGGUGAUCCCCAUGGAAAAUACAACAUGCCCCCAGGUGUUAUGGAACACUUUGAAACAGCCACCCGUGAUCCUACAUUCUUCAGACUUCAUAAAUAUAUGGACAACAUCUUUAAGGAACACAAGGAUAGCCUUCCUCCCUACACUCAUGACGACUUGGAUUUCCCUGGCGUUGACAUCGAAAAUGUUGGUGUUGAGGGCGAGCUAAAAACUUACUUUGAGCACUAUGAAUUCGAUCUGCGCAAUGCAGUAGACAGUGCACAAGGCAUCGAAGACGUCGAACUCAAAGCUGAUGUCGACCGUCUGAACCACAACGACUUCUCCUUUGUUGCUGAUGUCAAGAACAACAAUGGCGGUGAGGUCCUUGGAACUUUCCGUGUCUACUUGUGCCCCGAUUAUGACAACAAUGGCGAGAAAUUUGAUUACACCAGUGGCCACUGGCACUGCAUUGAAAUGGACAAAUUCUGGAAGAAGUUGGCUCCAGGAAAUAACCACAUUGUGAGGAAGUCAACCGAAUCUGCAGUGACCGUCCCUGAUGUUCCAAGCUUCCAGUCUCUCAUAAAUGCUGCUGACAGUGGCAGCUUUGACAUGCACGAUUUUGAGAGGUCCUGUGGUAUCCCCAACAGGAUGCUCUUGCCCAAGGGUAAGAGGGACGGCAUGGAGUUCUCCCUCUGGCUGGCUGUCACAGAUGGCAAACACGAUUUGACACACUCUAAUGGCGAUCCUGAGCAUGGCGGCACUCACGCCCUCUGUGGCGUUCAUGGAGAAACUUAUCCCGACAAGCGUCCCAUGGGCUUCCCUCUUGACCGCAGCAUCCCAGACAGACGUGUCUUCGAUGAGACCACUAACAUCAAAUUCACUCACGUGAAGGUUUACCACGAUGAACACCAUCAUUAAGUGAUGUCAGAUGGUUCUAAAUUUUCUUUCAUCCAUGACUGGUUUUUGAAAAUUCUUUCAUGAAUCAGUUACAAGGAACUUUGUACUUGACAUGCCAAGAAAUCAUUAAUAAUGAAUAAAAGAUUUCUGUCCUAAUAA